AUGUUUGCUGCCCGUUCAACAAAGGACAAAACUCAAGGAUCUUCUCAGACCCGCAAUAAAGACUUAACUAGGACUGGAUCCAAAGUGAAAGAAAAGACCUACAUUCCUGAAGGGACUUUACCACCUCUGUGCCCUCAGCCGUCUUGCUUGUCAACAUCCUCUGCAGCUGGAUCCAUUUUCAGUUGCACAUCGAUCUUAAAAAAUGUCCCAUCUGACAAACCUUUGUCACUGCUGGAGCUGCCUCAUCUUAUUGCUGAAGUAGGAGCAGAGAGAGCGAUAGCUGAGACUAAAUGGAAAGAAGGGCCUAGACUAAUGGCUGCAGCAUUAGGGGCUGCCAUCCCCACUGGACCGACUCAGCUGAAAGCAGAAAGUCUUAAAGAAAAAGAUGAAUUCGUAAAAGUACCAGCAGGGAAAAAGAUAACUAAAGAUGAAAAGAUGACCCAACCAGAAACAUUUCCAAAUACUGGCACAGAAGUUGUUGAGAUGUUUGCCCAGAGACGAGACCCGAGGGAACUGGAGCUGUUUUACUUAAAACAAGUAGAGGGGGAUACUUACAGACCUUAUGACCUGCAGGUCGUCCAUUCCAGUGAGGCUGGUCCUGAGCACUAUAUCUUCUCUCGUAGCACCGUGAUUCAUGUGACAAAGACAGGUUGUGGUGGAGUUGUGUGUCUCGCAGAGUGGUACAGGGAGCAUGUGUUGUGGACAACUUUACAGGAAAUCCCUUUUUUCAGGAACUUCAGAGUGCAAAAAGUUUUUACUAGGUGGUAUAAGAACAUGCGAACAAUCCAUUUUCAGCGAAGGUGUAAGAAUCUGCAAGAUAUUCUUCUUGUAGCUGUCCCUCAGUUCAGAAAUGCUCUUUGUUUGUUUACCAGGGUAACUGAGGAACUGAAAGAGACACACUUGAUGUAUCUGGAUGACUCUAAAACCUACACGCUGCUGGAAUUCAAAAAUGUGUUGAUACACAAAAACGAAGAGUGUCUUCUGAAGCUGACAACGUUAUCUCAGUAUCAUGCUGAUAUUCUAAAUGCGGUGAGAGAGGAGAGCUAUAAGACACACAGAGAGCUUCAGAUGCGUCUAAAGCUUGCAAAGAGGCAAACCGGAUGUUCGGAACCCAUUCACCUGCAUUUGGCCUAUCAAAAUCAGUUAAAGAAAGAGUUGUGCCAAUCUAAAAACGUCCUGCAGAAACUGGGAUGUUUCGCUGUGCUCGUCCAUCAAAUGCUUGUACAGAGUCUCGUCACAGUAACCCAACAAGAUGGGGUUUCCCUUCUCAGACUUUUAAAGAGGGCUGCAUCACGACAGUGCUGUCUGUUUCACACCGACUUGUGUUUCAGUACCAACAGUCAGCUGACUGUUGACCCACCAGUCCAUGAAUUUUUCGAAACCGUCAGUGAAUUCAUCAUAACUGCUGUCAACACCACUAUUCAGAGGUGUGAAAAUUUGGGAUUUUUCCUGGAGAUCAGCAACAAUGUGUGCAACUGUGAUCAGGGUGUAAUCUCUGUCUGUAACUGUGUUAAUUUUUCAAUACCAACUUUUGUUUUAUUACUAGGAGAAAACAAUGACAAAAUGGAAGACCUAUCACUCAGAGGCAUGCCAGUUCAUCAGCUGGUGCAGUCUAAAGCAACUUCUCUAAAAGUGGAAAGCAACAUGGUGCACGGCUGCUACUUUCCUCUGUCUAAAACCCAACUUGAGUGGCAUAUCAACACCAACGAUGUGACAAAACAAGUAGAGACUGAGCAGGCCAAGUUCAUGCAGGACACUGAGAUUGAGAUUCAGCAGGUGUAUAGAAGCUAUGACUGGUUGAAGGACAUCCACGUGCUUCUUAUUCAGUGGAGUCCAGCUUCUUUAGAAUCCAUGAAGGAUCAGCCUGCUGCAGCAUAUGAGGAACUCAUUAAACAGCUGCACAGCUGGGCUCAGAGAAUCAACACAGUUGACUCAUUCAUCUGUACCUCCAACCAACUCUUCAACAUCAGCUGUUCUUACACAAAGGAAGCUCUACGGCAACAGUUGUGCCUCAUUGAGGAGCAGAUCUUGGAGCAGCUGGUUGAUCAAGUGAAGAUCAACUCGGAAAGCUUCAUAUCUGACUUGGUGCAGACUUCUGAUGAACUUAAGACAGAACCUGAAGACUUGCACGGCUUCUCAAUUUAUGCUUUAAGGGUGAAGGAAUCAGUGAAAAUGUUGGCUGACAUGCAGAAACGUUUGGAAUACAUUCUUUCCCUCCACAACACUAUUUGCAUGAACUAUAGGGAAAUGACUGAGCAGGAGCAAACUUUAAAAGAAAAGGCUACAUCUGGGUCUUUCCUUGACCCGAGUCAGAAUGCCAAUGAGAUGGUCUCCAAGCUAAAUUACAUGUGUGCGCAUGCGCAGAGUCUCAGCCCAAAGCUGGAAGAACUUUACUUGAGCAGUCAAAACAUGCAAGAACAUCCACUGGAUUUAACCAGUUUGACUACUGGUGUUAGAAAAGUUACAGCUCGUAAAGAGUUGUGGCAACUAAAAGUUGCAUUCACUGCAUGGUUGGAAGAGUGGAAACAGCUACAACUCAGUGAGGUUGUGAUCUCACAAGCUCAGGAAAACAUUGCUAAAUGGAAGGAGCAAAUUUGUUGUUUGACAAAUAUCAUACCUAUCAGUGAUGCACUGCUGGAGGAGACUUCAGGAGUCCUGGAUAGUCUCAGUUCUCAGGUUGAAGUGAUGGCAAAGCUGACCAGUUCUACACUGAAAGAAAAUCACAGGAAAGCUAUUUUCCAAGGGUUGGGGCUAUUGUAUGUUCCAGGGAAGACAUUCACUGUAGUUGAAGUUAUGUCUCAGCAACCUGAAAAUCACCAAAGACUAAUUGACAAGAUAUGCAGGGAUGCACAAACAGAGCGGAAAGUGAUGCAGGGCUUUCAAAAGCUUUCUCUGGGAUGGAAGGACAAAUUAUUUCAGCUAGAUGAAGUAUUUGUUCCUGCUUGUCAGCACUGUGAAACACAGGAUGGCUUAUCAAAGGAAAACAGGUUCACAGAAGUCACUCCUUUAAAUGUUCAGUCAGUCAGUCCAUGCUCAUGUGAUGACUCCAGAUUUAUCAUUAUCGGCCUAGAAACACUCUUUGCUGAGAUUGACAAUGAUCUGAUAACUCUGUCCAUCAUGAUGAAGUCCCCAGUCAGUGUUGCAUUCAGGUUGCAGUUGGAUGAUUGGGUUCAGUCACUACGAGAGCUUGCUAAGCUACUUGAUUUAUUUGAAACACAUCAACAAAUGUGGGCCUUAUUGACCAAGACAUUUCGAGAAACACCCUUUUAUGUUCAAGGAGGAGAUCUGCUGAGGUGUUUUCAACCAGUUGAUGAGACUUUUAAAGAGCUGAUGAGCUCUGUAUCUGCAGAACCACAUGUGCUGAACUUUUUGUUCACAGAGACAAAUGACAGAUUUCAUGGUAAUGGACUUUGCCAGAUUCUCAGUGAAGGUUUGUCUACAAUGCAAGCCAUUUUCAACCAGAUGGAGGAGUUCCUUUGUACUGUUCGAGACCAGUUUUCAAGACUCUGGUUCUUGAGAGACAGGGAGGUGAUGCAACUACUUUCUUAUCAUCCAUUGCCUUUUACGCUGCAGAACUUGAUACGCAAAUGCUUCAGAGGAGUAUGCUGGCUUGAAGUGGACUUUGAAAUACCAAGUAAUACAAUCAACAUGGAGAGCUGUAAGCCUUCAUCUGAAAAUCCAAACCAAAUGAAGGUGCUUGGUGUUAUGGGCAGCCUGCAGGAACACAUUUCUUUUCAACCUCCCUUGGAACCAAAUUCUGAUGUCCUGAGUUGGUUAUGUGUCUUUGAACAACAGUUGAAGUUGACCAUGAUGAAGCUUAUGCAGCAAUGUGCAUGGGUGCAAAACCAACGUGAAUCAUCCAGUCAAGAUUUAGCAUGUGACAAGAAAGACGCAGACGCACAGCUAUGCAAUUCUGAUGUAAUGGAAGAUCCACAGCAUGAAUUAGAUCUGCUUUCUGAGUAUCCACUUCAAUGUCUGCUGGUGGUUCAAGAGGCAGUUUGGUGUAAUGCUGUUCUGGAGGCUUUUCAAGAAAACAGUCUUGCAAAGCUGAGCAAAAUAAAGACAUACAACUAUGUAAAACUGGAAAUCCUUGGUAAUACCAUAAGGAAUGCAGUUAUGGGCUCUACAAGUAAAUCUCUGGUUUCCAAGUACACAAUGAUGGGUUUGCGUGCUUUGGUACAGCUUACAAUGAAUCAUGCACAACAGUUGUCACUACUUAUGAAGGUACUGUGCAUGCUGGAGAAGUCUUUUGAGUGGCUAAGCUUGAUGAAGUAUCAUAUAAAUCCAGAAGAUCAAAGUCUGCAAGACGCUGGUAAUUCAUUGUGCUAUGUGGAUGUUUUGGGGCACCAAUUUCAAUAUGGCUUUGAGUAUUAUGGACCAGAAGACUUGUUGAUGGUGCAUACACCUUCCACAGACAAGACAAUACAGGGGCUAAUCCUUGCUCUGACAAGGUACAGGUCUGGGUAUGUGAGUGGACCUUCCAUGAGCGGAAAAACAAACACUGCAGUCCAGUUGGGAAAAGCUAUUGGACAACUGUAUGUUCUUAGACAGUGUUAUCCAAGCAUGACAUCUGGUGUUGUUCAACAUAUGUUUAAGGGUGCACUUCAGUCAGGUGCAUGGUUGCUACUGGAAUCUGUGGACUUACUGAGACAACAUGUCCUGUCCUCACUAGGACAGCUUCUAGUGGACAUACAUCAAUUCUUCAGGUCACAAAAAACUAAAAACCAAAGACUGAAUGAUGAACCAGACAACAAACCAGAUGGAAAGUUUUCUGCUUGCAGAAACAUUUCUGAUCCUGAAUGUCAUAUUGUAUUUUUAGGGAAAAAAAUCUUUCCCAUUUCAAGCUAUGGAUGUGUUCUCAUCUCAUCAAAUGGGUAUGCUCCCAAUAUUCCAGAAAGUCUGCGAUUUGUAACCAGACCUAUUGCAUUGACACACCCAGAUUAUAGAAUAGUUGCUGAAGUAACAUUAACUUCAAUUGGUUUCUCUGAAGCCAUGUCUUUAAGUUAUCGUCUGGUGUCCCUGAUCAGCUUGGCCAAAGAUUCCAACUGUUUGACUGAUGUUUUCACAGACAAUCAAAGCUGCUUUCUUGUUGUAUUGCAAAAGAUAAUCUCUGCCUCUGAAAUGUACUUACAACAUGCUGCAAGUCAACAAGAAAUUUUGAAUGAGACUAAGGUUUCAAGAACUGAAUGUGAUAAGCUUUUGUGUUCACAAACUAUGCCUGCCAGACCACUGGAGAAGGAUAAAAAGGAAAUUGCAAAGCUUUCAAAAUUACGCAUUUCUCAAUUAUCAGUUAUACAGUCUUUAAUGGAGGAAACGGCUAUUGUCAAAGCAAUUCUUUCUGUUUUGGAACCUGAACACAAGAAGACGUCACAAUUCUACAAGAUUUUUAAGGACACAUUUCCUAUUGUGUGCCAGUUUCCUUUUUUUCAACAGUAUAUUGAAGAAAGAGAAAGGAUUCAACUUCUGGAUGCGCUUACAGAGGAGCUACAACAAACACACCUUUACUCUGACAUGGAAAUAAUUAGCAAAGCCCUUACACUCUACCAGGCCCUCAAGUUCUCUCCAGCAGUUAUCCUCAUAGGUCCCUCGGGUAGUGGAAAAUCAGCUUGUUACAAAGCUCUGGCAGGGGCACUCAACAGACUGGCUUCCAGUAAAGGCACAAAUAUAUCUGAAAAUGAGAAUAUUAUCAAAAUGGAUACUUCACAUGCAGAUCCACCAUCUUCGGUAUCAAACUGGCACUUUGUUCAAAGUCUGGUCUUAUUUCCCAAUGCUAUGUCUCACGAUGAACUGUUUGGUUGCUUCUGUGAAAAGAGAGGCUGGAAAGAUGGAGCUGUUGCAAAGGUGCUGAGAGAUUUAGGGCGUUGUUGCACAUGUUUUGAAAACUACAACAAUAGGAGUAAAACAGAAGAGACAUUGAUAAUGAAGUGGUUGGUGAUGGAUGGGGAGCCUGUGGGGCAGCCUAGCUGGUUAGAUUACUUAACCACAUUAUUCAGUACUCAAGAACCAUAUUUGUGUCUGCCAUCAGGUGAAACAUUGUUAUCUCAACCACACCUCAGUCUACUUAUGGAGAUCACCAACCUACAAGAUGCAAGUCCAUCUGUAGUGGCCCGCUGCAGCUUAGUUUAUUUCACAGGUACUGAUCUGUGGAAAUCUAUAUGGAAAAGUGAAAUGGAGGCUCUCCUUUUUGAACACAAACUGGACCAAGAAGUCCUGAACUUGUGGAAUCGUUUGGCAAAUGACCUUUUCUCAAGCACUUUGAAUUUGCUUGUGCAAAAUGAUUUAACCUCAGUCAACCAUUGUGAAAGAGGAUCUUGUAAGAGCUAUGGUCUGCAAGAAAUCAUGUCCUUUUUUAGGAUCCUGCGUGCCCUCCUGCAUAAUUUUGUGAACCAGCUUGAAAACUAUAAAACAUCACAAAAAGGAAAAGUAGAUGGAACCAAGGAUCCAGGCAUUGAUGCCCAAAAUAAACAGGAUCUGCUCACCCGGAAUCUUUUCUUGGUGUCUUACAUUUGGGGAUUUGGUGCACAUCUGCAUUCUCGCCACUGGACAAAGUUUGACUUGUUAGCUCGCCAAGUGCUGUUUUCGUCUAGAUACAAAAUUUCAGUUCCAGACGAAGAAAGUGUAUUUGAGCACUUUUUUGGAAUCGAUGAUAAGAUGUGUCCUAAAGAAACCCAGUUGACAAAAUCCAUCAUUCCCAAGCCUGGGACAUACAGGCAUCUUCUGAACCUGAUGUUGGAGGCAAACCAGCCAGUGUUGCUUGCAGGGGAACCAGGUUCUGGAAAAACAACAAUGUGUAAUACUUUACUAAGUUUUGAAAGGCCUCACAUUACUCUACCAGCAAGUCCACUCCUGAGUUCCAGAGAUUUGCACAAUAUAUUGAACAACAUCCACUUCCAGAGGAACUGGAAAAAAAAAGUGGGUUCCAUAACAAAACAGCCAGGCCUGCUUUUGUUUGUAGAUGAUUUGCAUGAGGCCCCCUGUGAUAUAUUUGGAAAAGUAUCAACGGCACUGGAGACUUUACGUCAAAGCAUUUCAAAGGGAGAGAUUCUGACAUUUGACACUUACUCCUUUAAGUCACUGAGUUCUGUCAGCUAUCUGGCUACAAGCUGCAUUUCUGCAUUGGGUGAUCCUUGCAGACAUGUGAUAUCUUUACGACUCUCACAUCUAUUCUCCAUCUUUGUCCUCCCUAGCCUAUCUUUAAAUGUGAUAUUGUCUAUCCACUCUCCAUGGAUGGAAAUUUGGCUCAAAGAAAUUCCACUAAAUCACAGUAGUGAGAAAAUGUCCAACUGUAUUAUCACUGCAACUAAAAGUCUGUUUGAUGCAGUAUGUGCCCAGUUCCAGCCCAUUGCAGAGAGACCCCACCUAAUAUUUUUUCAUCAUGACAUCCAAAAGGUGUUUUCAGGGAUGUACUUGUGGCAGCAUGACAUCUCAAACACAAUGUUUACACAAAAUAGCAAAAAUAUACCAUCACCAUCUCUUUUAGCCCUGUCAGGUUUGACAGCAUUAGAUCUUAAAAUAGUGCAUCUUUGGAUGCAUGAGUGCAUGCAUACUUUCAGUGAUAGACUUUGUCUGGAAGAUGAAAGGAAGACUUUUAUGUCACUUUUAGUCGGAACAGCUGCAGCUCACUUUGGAUAUAAAUUAGUUGAUGAAAACCAUACAGGCUGUUUAGAAGUUAAGAAUGAUACAUCAUUAGUUGUGGAGGCUAAAUGCACUUCAGGAGAUCAGCAUCUGGAUGCUAAAAAUCUGCAUCAGCAAGCAAGAAUAGCAGGCCAAACAUACUUUACAAAUGGUCAUACUCAGAAUGAAUCUAAAACCAUUUCCUCAGAAGAGACAACCCUAACACAUGAACCUGUGCAACCACAGACUUUUAAGCAUUUAGAGGACAUAAUGAGUACCCUUGUGUAUGGACCUGAAUUCUCUGAGACCCUGAAGUUUACAAAUCAGAAACAUAGUUUUAAAGAUAAACACGUGUAUCAGGAGCAAGACUUAGAUGCACUACGACAGGAGCUACACGCACUUAUAAACAGAGAAGAGAAAAAACAGAAUGUUGAUUGUGUCUACAACACAACAACCAGAUACAUUGUGCACAAGCAUGGUGUGAGGCAGCUGUUACACAUCCUUAGAGCUUUUCUCAUACCUGGGGGCCAUGGAGUACUGAUUGGCUUGGGCAAAGGAACAGGUCGUAAAACUGCUGUACGUUUAGCUGCCUACCUCACAGGCUAUCAGUUAGUGGAAAUACAUUCUGGUAAUCAGAAUAAAUUGCAUGAAAUCUUGAAUGAAGCUGGAAAACAAACCAAUUUGAAUGGAGUUCAUGCCAUCAUACUGGUCCAUGAAGAAGUCACCCCAUCUGUUAGAGAAGAACUACUUGUGGCGAUGGCUCAGAAAGUCUUCCCAGGGCUUUCCACAGAGGAUGAGUUGAGAAACCUUGUUUCUAGAGUGACUGCUGUAAAGCACACAACAAGAUCCCUUAUUGACAGUUGGAUAACUGAGAAGUCUUUAAGUCAAGUCCACAAAAACAUUCAUGUGUUUUUGUUGAUGCCUUUCACAAUGACAAGCAACGGUAAAAUACCUGACAACAAAAAUGUCCAAACUUGGAACGCACAAAUGUUCAAAGCCAUUAGGCUCAGCUGCUGUGUAGAGGUGUACCAGAUGUGGUCCAAACAGUCUUUGAUGGAAGCUGCAAUUCAAUGCUUCAAAAUCUGUUCCAGUGAAAAUGAGUCACAACACUUAGGUUGGUUGCCCAGAGAAAGCUCUGAGGACCAAGUGACUGUGACCUUGGCAGGAAUCCACCAGUCUGCAUGUCAUUAUGCUUCUGUUUUUCUGAAAGCUCAGUCUUUCAGCCCUCAGACAUAUGUGGCGUUUAUUUCAUUCUUUGGCUCCCUUGGCAGCAAACUACAAGGAGAAUGGCAAAACAAAAACAACAGGCUUGCUGCUGCUCUGGCUCAUUUGGAUGUCAUAAACAACACAGCUUUGCAAUAUAAAGAGCAUUUAGCAAGACUGCAAGAGAAGACUCAAAAGAAACAGCAGCUUGAAAAAGAGCUUUAUAAAGUUCUAGAGGGCCAGAAGAUUCACCUUGAAACAGCUUUAGAGAAAUGUGAAGUAGCAGAGAACAAACUGAGUCACUUAGAACAGCAAAUUAAUCAGGCUCAGAAAGAGAUUAAACCGGUGUUCCUGUCAGGUCUGAAGGUUCUUCAGUGUUUGAAUAUAUCUGACCUGGAAGAGGUUCGUCACUACAGAGAUCCACCUGAUGGAGUGGUGAAGAUCAUGGAUGCUUUUUGUUUGCUGUUCAAUUGUUCACCAGGCUGGGAAAGUGCCAAGCAGCUUCUUGGGCAACCUAACUUUUUUCAGGAGAUGGAAUUUUUUGACCGCUCUAGUCUGACGUUUGAGCAGCUGCAGCAGCUUGGACAGAUAGUUCACAGUCCGCAGUUUGUCCCAGAGUCUGUACGAGAGGUCAGUAAGGCCUGUGAGUCCCUGUGCAGAUGGGUUCAGGCUGUGUACGAGUUCUGCUUGAUCCAACACAAGCUUCUGGUCCAGCCUCAACUGGAAAUGCAAGCCAGUCAGGCUCGACGUCAACUUAAAGUGGCCAAGCAGCACAAGAAGGAGGUUGAUCAACAGUUAGAAGAUACUGAACUUCAGCUUCGUUUCAUACAAAAGGAGCUAGAUGAUCUUAUGAUUCAGCUAUACAAAGCUGAGGUCCAAGAAGAAGAAGCUACUGCAUGUGCUGCACAGCUGGAGAUGCAUGUCAAAAACUGGAAGGCUGCAUUUCAGGAGGCACAGUUACUUUGUCAAAACAUAACUGGUGAUGCCCUUAUUAUUGCUGCAGCCAUUUCAUAUUUAGGCCCAUUUGGACCUGACUUGCGGACAGAACUACUAAACAAGUGGAAAGAGCUAUGUCAAACAGGAAGCAUCGAUCUAAACCCCAAGGACCCCAGAACCUCCCUGUUUACACACACAGAUAUUGAAUCAGUUUCAUCCUCUCUUGGUUUUCCCAUAACUGUCACUGAGAGGCUGCAGAUACCUCUUGGUCAGUUGUUGGGGGUGAAUGAAUGUCAGCUUGAAGGCAGUCUGUCUGCCAGACUUAUGGUUAAGCUGUUACUGUGGGGCUACAGAGGUGCCCUCAUGCAGCAUUGGCCUCUUCUAACAGACACAGAUCGGCUUUUAGAAGAAAGCUUUCAGAACUCGUUUGUUACUGGAGAGAAGGCAACGUUUGAGGAGGAGAUUGGGGUCAGGCUGGUGGUUGGUGCCGAUGAUUCAGAGCUGCUGGACAAGUUGGAUCAAGCUGCUAAAAAAGGUUGGAGAGUACUAAUUACUCACUUGGAAUGUGCAGAACCUAGUCCUGAGUUUUUGGCAAAGUUGACAUGUCCCGGUGGAUGUUGGUUGUCUGGAUUACAGCAGCCUCCUCAGCUGAAUCAUCCAGAUUUCUGUCUUUUCUUCACCACCAAGCUACCUGUUCAUUUACUUAGUAGUGGGAUCCAUCCGUCCAUUCUGGCUCAAGUACUUGUGGUUGACCUCUCCCUGAGCUCCGAAGAGAUCCAGGAACUGAUGCUGACACAGCUGCUGCAGUCAGAUUGUGGAGAGCUGCUGAUUCAACACAAGCGAUACCAGAAUUACAAUCAGUUUCUGCAGAAGAAACUGGUGUCAGAAGAGGAUGCUUUGAUGGACUACAUUCAGCAAUCUGACACCUUGCUACAAAAAGACACACACAUCCUUCCCCGUGUGGCUGUUUGUCAAGAAGAAAUGAAGGAACUGCAGGCUGAAAUAAAACACCUAAGUGAUGAGCUGGAGCAUCACGAGACUCUUCUCACGGCUCCACGGCAGUUAGCAAAGCUGGCUGCUGCCCUCUACCAGGCCCUGCAGGCAGUAGCUCAUCUGUCUCCUGCCUAUUACUUUUCCCUUCAUGACUUCAUCAAAGUGAUGCAGGAAGCUUUCAGUGUAAAGUGCAGGCCGUUAGUGUCAUAUGCAAGUGGGAAAGGAGCAGAAAGCAUGUUACCAGAAAUUCUGAACAUGAUGGUGUUCCAGCUGCUGGUACAAUACAGACCUCGUCUUUUUAUGAGACACUUUGCUGUUCUAAAGCUUUUGGUGUCUUUGGCUGUUCUUGAGCACCAUCAGCUUUGCUCUGAAGCAGAGAAGGUGGUCUUCCUCAGGGGCCUUGAAGACAUAGGAUAUCAUGAAGCUGAAGUAAAAACCUCCACUUCUUCUAAGAUUAUUUCAAACUCAUCCACUCUCCUACCCAGCUGGAUACCCCCUCACAUUUACUCUGAGCUUCUCAUCUUGGACAAGAUUCCAUGUUUCAGAGGGCUGAACGCAUCAAUUUGCACAUCUCCCAUCCAGUGGCAGGAAUACCUUCAUUUCACACCUUCUACUGUGACAGGAACCGUUCCCUGUUGCUCUCACUCUCACCUUUCAUUGAUACAGCGAGCUGUCCUCUGGAAAACCAUCCUUCCACAUUCCUUAGAGAAAGUAGCAGAUGCUAUAGCCACCUGCCUGCUCUGCCUAUCUGAAAAGUCAGCAGGAUUUUCUCACACUGGAAACCCAAAGGCUAUCUUAAGCUAUUUAACAAAACAUGAAGGGCCCAUUACUCUUCUGCUGCCUAAUCCAGAAAGAGAAAUGCAGAUAAGCAUUCAGCCUCUUCAUUUGAUAAACCAGUUGGCCCACUCUGUAGACAAAAAAGAUCAGGUACAGUAUGACAUACAGUAUACAGUAAAAGUAAUUUCUUUUGGGAUACAGUGUGAUUCAGUGAUGAUUCUUUCAAUAAUGGACAAAGCCAUUAGUGAUGGCCACUGGUUGGUUUUUAACAACUGUCAUUUAUUGGAGCACUGGGACAGUAAUGUGGUGGCUCGCCUCAGUCAACUGAUUGGCUCCUUUAAAGAGGAGACGCACACGAUUCACCCAAGUUUUCGGUUAUGGUUUGUAACUCAAGAAAAUGCUUCAAACACUUUACCAGCUGCAGUGCAAAUGUGUGCCCUGCUGCUUGUCUGUGACUCACCCUGGGAUCUGAAAGAAGAGCUGAGCUGUUCGUUGCAGCAGGUGAUGUCAGUUAGUCGAACUCAGCCAUCAUCACGUGUCCCAGAUGACAGCAUGGAGUUGCUUCUCCGCUCUGCCAUCUUCCAUUCUAUCUUGUUGCAGAGACAGACAUAUAAAUAUUUAGGCUUUGGAAGAAUUUAUCACUGGAGUCUGGACGACCUCCUUGCUUUAGUAGAUGCACACAUUUGCAUCGCCAGCCUCUGCCAUGAUAGAACAAAAGCUCUGCAGUAUAUAGCAGUGAACCUUGUUCAUGGUGGCCAUGUAAUGGAUUCUACAGAUUCAGAGGUGUUGGAGAACAUUGCCAAGACUUGCUUUGUUACAAAGUCAUCCCUUUCCGGCAGUGGGCCACACAUCCUGUCAAAUAUUAUCAGCAACGGUGGCCAAUUUGAUUUGACACGACUGUUACAGAAUUUGGAGAAACCUUUUCAGAAUUCAGCAGUCAGUGACCCUGCAUUGCUGGGUUUCAGUGAAGAUGUGGCCCCUGAGAUAACAAAGAUCAACAGCCUGCACUUGAACCAAUUACUGCAGGCCUCCCAAACUCCUCCUGGAGCAGUGAGGUGUUUCAGCACCAAACUGAACCAGCUUGUCAAACUGCCAGCCUACAGUCAUGCAAGAGAGAGGCUGCAGGCUCUAAAGAAUUACCUCACAACAAAGAAAGACAACUUAAUUGGAAAUGUGGGAAGUGUUCCUCUCAGUCCCCUUGGCGACUUUCUUAGGGCUGAGUGGGAUGAUCUCAUUGAUUUGGUGUCCUCACUCCUCUCAAAACUUCAACAGACUGUUCAGAACAUGUUGUCCUUCACCUCCCAGAUGAACUUCACUGACGUGUCUCGGUUGGAGAAGAGGGCAGAGUUGAUCAGCGCUUAUGUUUUCCACCACAGUACUUCAGAUCCACCUGGUGCCUAUCGGCUGUCUGCUUUUAAGAAUCCAAGAGGCUUCCUGGUGGCAUUGUUGAGAGAGGGCGCUCAGGAAAAUUACAAAUAUACGAGCGAUCUAAUACUGCAUUUUCAGGUUUUGUGUAGUAACUCAUACCCAGCCUUGCUUCCUCCAGAUGCUGUGUAUUUGUGUGGCCUGGAGUUGAGAGGAGCAUCAUGGGAUACAGAGCUCAGAGCCCUACAGGACACUCCUUCCCCCCAGCCGUUUCCAAUGCCUCUUUUUUGUGUCAAGGCUCAAGUCAGAAGCACACACAUUGUGACAGAUCAUCGGUUUUGUAAGAAUUCAUAUUUACUCGAUUCAGGCAAUCUUCAAGGUGCAGAUGCCUCUCCACAGACUGCCACGCAGCUAUCGGUCUAUCACUGUCCACUCUAUCUAGACAGUGAGCAGGAGAGUGGAAACUCAGCACUCACUGAUGUUAACGUGGUCACAAAAGUUCCUCUUUAUACCAAGCUAGACCCCGUUUUAUGUAGUUUAAGAAGAGUGAGAUUAGUUUGUACACUCUGA